CAGCGAGCAUUCCUGUGACGUGUCUCGAUAGACCUGACCCAUUCGCCCGUCCUGUUACAUUGCACGCUGACAAUAACCGCUGGGUGUUGGCCACCGCAUGCCGGUGGGGUUGCUCACGUGCGAUAAUUAUUACAUGCGGGCGAAUUAGACAAAUACAUGAAUAGCCGAAUGCAUGCGCGAGGGUGCGUGAGGUCCCUUUAACUGGCGCACGCAGACCCGCCCCGUCCACAGACGUGGAAUAGCUGCUGUGCCAGGGUCGGCCACUGUUCGCGUCAGGAGCUGUGCACCAUCAUCCCCCAUCGCAGUCGGGCGAGGAGGGCUGGUGGUGGGCUUCGUUAUUACAGCCUGUCAGCGACGGCGACUGCUGCUACUGCUCGCGCCCGUGCUCUGUCAUAAAGGAUUGAAUGCUACGAUAGCAGUCGGAGGAAUUCCGCCGCCUGUCUGCAGAAUAGGACGAGCGGGGCGUGUAAGCAGGAUUUACAGUAGCGGCUAGAUUCCUGCAGUGUUUUCUCGGUUGUUGGUUUUGGGUGGACCCGGAGGAGUGGCCGUCUUUGUGCGGUCGGUAUCCAAGGCCUAUCAUAAACAUCAUCAUGUCCGAGCAGACGAAAACUCACGUGAUCUUGCUGGCUUGCGGGAGCUUCAACCCAGUCACCAAAGGCCAUCUACAGAUGUUCGAGGAUGCACGGGAUUACUUGCACAAGUCCGGCCGCUUUAUUGUCAUCGGCGGCAUCAUCUCGCCAGUGCACGAUGGCUACAGAAAGCAGGGCCUUAUUUCAAGUCGACAUCGACUAAGCAUGUGCCAGCUGGCAGUACAGAACUCCGACUGGAUCAGGGUGGAUCCGUGGGAAUGUUACCAGGAGAAAUGGCAGACGACCUGUGACGUUCUGGAACACCACCGAGAGUUAAUGAAGCGUGUGACCGGAUGCAUCCUCUCCAACGUGAACUCCCCAUCGUCUCCCGUCAUCAAGCAGCCGCACAACGAGACGCGCCCAGCCACGCAGGACGCCAAUUCGGUGCCGCUCCAGAAGUCGACGCCCGGAAAACUGAUCAGCAAGUUUGGAGAGAGCAUCGGCAAGGUGUGCUGCCUUCGUCCCAAAGCUGAUCUCUUUCCCUACAUCGACGAGAAUGCCAACCUUGGCAACAGUGUUCGAUAUGAAGAGAUUGAGCUGCGGAUCAUGCUGCUGUGUGGGAGUGACCUCCUCGAGUCCUUCAGCAUCCCCGGCCUCUGGAAUGACGAUGACCUGAAAGUGAUCCUGGCGGAGUUUGGUGUCGUUUGUGUGCCCCGGGACUGCGCCGACUCGGAACGGAUCAUCCGACGGUCCCGCCACCUCCUCAAGUUCAAGAAAAACAUUAACGUCGUCAACGAUGCAGUGGAUGGACCAACGGCGCACAUAAGCUCAACUAAAAGCAGGCUAGCGUUGCAGAAGGGAGACGGCCGAGUGAGCGAAUACCUAUCUCAGCCGGUCAUCGACUACAUCCUGCAACACCAGCUGUACAUCAACACGUCCGGCUAAGAAGUCGUGCACGCUUCGCACGCUCUCUGCCCCCCCUCCACCAUCUCUCUCUGUCCGCCGUGUAUUGACGGCUUUGUCGGGAGCCCCCCCCCAUUUAUAUUGUUUGACCUUGGCUCAUCUGUCACGCUUAACGCCGCUUCGUUUCGUUUGCGGCGUCGGCCUGAGCAAGACGCUUGAUGGCUGGUGCACGCCACAGUAGAGAUUUGACGUAGCUGGGAUUGCAUUAGCCCGAGUGUGUGAUGUUGUAUCGGCAGGGAGCAUGGAAUCGGAGGGGUUGUCUUUUUUUUUUCUGGAGCAAAGAACAAAAAUAGGAGAUUGUGCAAAAAUGCUUGUGGGCUUCCGCAGAGCGCAUCAUAGUUGUUUUAGAUGUUGAGCAGAAUGAGCCGAUUGUUUGUUGCAAAACCCAUUUGAAGGUUGAGUAUUGGGGAAAGUUUCAUGCCAUCAUAGCGCACAGUAUGUCAUCGCAUGCCCUUCGUGCUCACAUGGAACUUGUCAGGCACAGCAGCAGCAGUAUUGCUUUUGGAGCGUGUACCGAUUUAAUGGUCGAGUGUCUCAUGUUAAAGACUCUACUCCUGGAGCGGCGAGUUUAGCAUUCAUGCCAAAUCUGCAUGCGGCUGACAAAGGCACAGGGGAGGGAAAAUCUAAAAAAAAAUGGCAUUGUAAAAUGUUGCACAAAUGUGAGGUGACCGAUUGAGAGGAAAAACGUUGCCUCUAUGCGACCUCGGGUGCCAAUAGUUUUGGCAAGCACGCGGUGUGUGCACGGUCACCCUCGUCCGCUACAGUUGUACCCCUACUACUUUUGGCCAUCCUGGAGCCACCAGGGAGGUGGGGAAGCUGAUCGCGGCGGCACCACCGUUGUCGCUUCUGUCGGCUGCGGGGAACUUUUCACAGCAAAAAUCCGCACUCACGACUUUCGCCGUCCAUGGCUCAUAAGAGCCAUGGACACGGUGCGUAAGUGAGGGCCUUGCCGUUUCUGUGGCCCAAGGUUACCAACUCAGCAAUUUUCUCAACCCGUUGGUUUGUGUGCAAGGGGCCGCUUUAUUUCACAACUGACGUUUACUUUGCCGUAGUAGUUUAUUGUUUUGAACACUCGCUCGUCGCGAGCCUGUGGACGUGGCUGUGCGUUUAUCGCGAACGACUCGACGGAGCUUUGUGGUCCUUGUGGUCGUGAAGACAUUUUUUAUUCACACUUAAAAAUCAGUCGAAAUGCCUUCAAUUCUAGAAGUGCUUUUAAUGUAAUGCUGGCAUAGCUUUAAAAGUAAAAAUAUGCUGAAACGCUGAUUAUAGAGACACAGUACAUGUAUAUUGUUUGACUGUUUGUAUUAUGUUCAUGGCCUGCUGGCAAAGAGUUACACAGUUAAGCAAAUGUUACACCAGUGAUUGAAGCAGCAGUGAUUACAGACUGUCUGUGGGUUACAGUAUCUUUAGCUGUGUAAAUCAUAUAUAAUCAAUAAAGACUUUUGUCAACGUGAA